AUGGCUUACAGGGCCCUUCACGAGCGCUUCGACCUGCCGCCGCCGCCGGCGAAGAGCAUCUACGCGACCAUCCGGCCGCACGACUGGCAGCGCGCGUGGCUGCCGGACUUCACUACGGCCGAGGACCCGGUGGGAGCUCUGCAGCAUUUCCUCUACCGGCUCUUCCACAUCGACCUCGCGAAUGCCGUCUGGAUCCAGGCCAAGGUGCUCUCGAUCCUCUGCAUCAUCCUCCUUGUCGCCAUGAUCCUGAUCCUCGCGCGCAGGUACCACGAGCGGUCGCUGUGGUUCUUUCGCUUCCAGAGAAGGUCCAACGGCACGCUCGUCAUCCCCAACACCGUCAUCAGCUUCACCGUCAUGCUCCUCUUCUAUUGCCUGCUAUGCACCGCCAUUAACUGGGUGCUCGUUGCCUUCGGGCCGCAUGGAGCCCGGCCAAACCACAUCCAGCUGUGGGUGUCCUUGAUCUGGAUCCCGCUCGCCCUCGGCGCCUACCUGUACUUGAUCGGCAUCACCCUGGCGCGGCCCAACGCGCUGGAAAGCCUCUCGCCGCAGCACGGCCGACCGAAGUCGCUGGCUGUACGACUCGGCAUCACACCGAUGGUGUUCAACAUCGGCUUCAUGUUCGCACCUCUUCUCCACGUCGCUGCGAUCCUCGGCCCCAGCAUUCGAUCCGACCAGCACUGGCAGAGGGCGCUGGACAAGUUUGACGCCUGGCAGCACCGCUGGGCGGGAUCGACGGACCGGCAGCUGAGCCGCGAGAUGCUGCUCGAGGCCCAGGAUAUCUGGUACGAGGUGCUUCACUCCUGCUAUCAGCUCUGCGUCAGCUUCUCGAUCUGGACCGUGACCGGCGCCGGCAUCGGCCUGGCACUGGCCUUUUCCGGCGGCAGGCUGGCGCUCCUGAUUCACAACCAGAUCAAGACGAUGCGAUCCCUUAAGACGCUCCGCAGCCUGCACGAGACUGCCGCCGCAGAGGCCAUCGCACAGCCCGGAGCCAAGGCCGAGGUCAAGCUGCGCCGGGCUCGCCGCAAGUCGGGCAAGGUGCGGCGCCACCGCGACUUGACGUUUGCCUCGGCCGUGGACGCCCUGCGCCGGCGCUGGGCGACCACCCCCUCCGAAGAGAGCCACGGCACCGAUACCGAGGAUUACGAAGAGUCGCAGACCGAAUCGAUGUUCUUCUCGGCCGCCCAGCUCGAGGAGCAGGACACGCCCGCCCCCAACUUCUUCCCCGCCGUCAAGCCGAGCACCUUCCACCGCCCACCCAAGGUCACGGCGCAAAAGGGACAGCGGGCCCAGCGCCGGUACCUGGAGCGCUUCCUGGCAGACCUCAUGGUGCAGAUCUGCGGCAUCGUCGUGGGCUGCUUCGUCUACGCGGGCAUCUCGCUCCUGAUGGCCAUCCAGUGGUAUGCAUGCUGGGAGGCCAAUCGAGGUGACAGGGUGCUCACCAUGGGCCUGCUCGGUAUCGACUAUGGCCUGAUCAUGUGCGGGACCAUGGUCUUUGCGUGCAUCCUCGGUCGCACCUAUGAGCCCGUCUUGACCGGCCUUGUCAACAGUGGCCAGCCCGACGAGGCAAAGGCGGCGGCGGCAGCAGCGGCGGGGGAUCUCAACGCGCGGUCUGGCGGCGCUGGCAACGGCCGCGCGAGAAAUCACCGCUGGGCUUGGGGUCAACGCAGCAGCACCGCGGCCCAAGCAAGGUCGCAGGACGGUGGCCUGCCGGCACGUGGCCGCCGAAGCCUUGCUGACCACAUCUCUCUCGAGAUGACGCCCCGUCCCUUCUGCGAAGAGCAGCUCGCCGAGGGCGACGGCGAAGGCUCCGACACCGGCACCCUGGCGAGCACCAAGAGCGUGGCCAAAGACAGGUGCAGGAGGAAGAGCAGCGCGCGCGACCUCGCCAUACCGGACGCCCGACUCAAGAACAGUAGCGACGACGAAGGCGACAACAUGUCGAACCGGUCCAGCAGCAUGCUCCCGGACUCGCCGUCGAGCGGCAUCAUGGUCUCAAAGACGGUGACGACCCGCUACGAGCAUGCCGACUCGGUCGUCGGUGAGAUCGACGUCUACCAGGCCGACGAGGCGUCCAACGACGAUCCGGCCCAGACUCGACCAGACAGCCCCUCGCGCGCCCGCCUCGGGACACCGGCGGUCGUCUUCGGAGCGAUCGGCAUCUCUCCCCCAUCUCCGACGUUGCCGUCGGGACGUGGGCGAAACCACCUCUAUUCUCUCAAGGCAAUCUCUCCCGCUGAGAGAACCUCGUUCGACUGA